GGCUCCUCUCUGGGCGGACUCCUCCACUGUAACCACCUCCUCUUUCUCUCCAACUGCUCUGGGACAGAUUCAUGCUUCAGCUUUUUUUUUUAUUUUAUUUAUGAGCACCAGUCCACCCUCUGGACCCCUAUAGGACGGCGCGGGAAGCGUAAAAGAAGCGUGAAGACGACAUGGGAAGCCCCGUGUGUCCGAGAUGACCGAUGGUUUGUUCAAAAUAAACCCGUCUUUUUGUCCGCAGAGAGGGAAACGUAAAACAAGGCUUGUUUUUGGAGUCCCACCUCCCCUCCUCACUCCCCGUAGGAUUUGAUUCAAAGGCGAAAACCAAGAUGGCCGCCGAUUCCGUGCAGGGGGAUGCCAGGGGCCAGAUGGUGGCAGAGCGAUUGGGUCUGGGACACAACCUGGACCUGUCCGACACCAUGGUCCAACAGAAGCUGGAAGAGAUCAAGGAGCAGAUCCGCCGCGAGAUCCGCAAGGAGCUGAAGAUCAAAGAAGGAGCAGAGAACCUGCGAAAGGUCACCACAGACAAGAAGAGCCUGGCUUAUGUCGACAACAUGCUGAAAAAAUCAAACAAGAAGGUUGAGGAGCUUCACCAGGAGCUGCAAGAGCUCAAUGCCCACAUCGUGGUCAAAGACCCAGAAGAGCUGCAAGAAUGCCCUCUGACCCCAGACACCCCGAACAGCGAGACCAGAAUGUGCACCAGCAGUAGCCGCCUGGCAGCCCUCAAAAGACAGAACGACAUCGAGCUCAAGGUCAAACAGGGCGCCGAGAACAUGAUUCAGAUGUACUCCAACGGGCCCUCCAAGGAUCGUAAGUUGCUAGCGACAGCCCAGCAGAUGCUUCAGGACAGCAAGACAAAGAUCGAGUUCAUCAGGAUGCAGAUCCUUAAGGCCAGCCAAGCCAGCGAGCUGAGCUUUGAGAGCAACGAAGUGAUGGACAAACCCAUCAUCAGCCCGCUGGACCUGCGGGUGGAAGAGCUGUGUCACCACGCCAGGAUAGAGUCCGCUGUGGCUGAGGGAGCCAAGAACGUCAUGAAACUCCUAGGCACAGGAAAAGUCACAGAAAAAAGAGCACAUUCAGAGGCGCAGGCUCGUUUUAAUGAGUCCAGCCAAAAACUCGACCUCCUGCGAUAUUCCUUGGAGCAACGUCUCAAUGAGUUGCCUAAAAACCACCCGCGCAGCAGCAGUAUUGUGGAGGAGCUGUCCCUCCUGUCCACGCCGGUCCUCAGCCCAAGAUCGAGCAUCAUUUCCACACAGAACCAGUACAGCACUGUGACCAAGCCCGCUGCACUCACAGGCACAUUAGACGUUAGGCUCAUGGGCUGUCAGGACCUUCUGGAAAAUGUCCCGGGCCGUUCCAAAGCUGCAUCUAUCCCACUGCCCGGCUGGAGCCCGAGCGAGACGCGCUCAUCCUUCAUCAGCAGAGCAAACCGAAACCGCGGCGUGAGUUCACGUAACGUGACGAAGAGCGAGGAACUCUCCAAUGAGAUCGGUGCAGUUUUGAAACUGGACAACACGGUAGUCGGCCAGACGAGCUGGAGGCCAGUCAGCAACCAGGCUUGGGACCAGAAGUUUACAUUGGAGCUGGAUCGGUCUCGUGAACUGGAGAUCUCGGUGUAUUGGCGUGACUGGCGUUCGCUCUGCGCGGUCAAGUUCCUGCGGUUGGAGGACUUCCUAGACAACCAGCGUCACGGGAUGUGUCUGUACCUGGAGCCACAGGGGAUGCUGUUUGCUGAGGUAACGUUUUUCAAUCCUGUCAUUGAGAGACGGCCAAAGUUGCAAAGACAAAAGAAGAUUUUCUCAAAGCAGCAAGGUAAGACCUUCCUGCGAGCCCCUCAGAUGAACAUCAACAUCGCCACAUGGGGCCGCCUGGUGAGAAGAGCCAUACCGACCGUCAGCACUAACUCCUUCAGCCCGCAGGCAGUUGAGACUGGGCCCAGCAGCCUGCCUGGUUCACCCACACCCUGCAGCGACCCACUGGUGACCAAGCUAGACUUUGACAAAGAGCCCACCCCAGGACCCAAGCACUACCCAGCACCCGACGACAUCCGGGAGCCACUUGUGCAGCAUAAGAUGCCCGACAAGGAGGAAGUACAGGAUGCUCUCGCCUCAUUCGACUUCCUGAACAAGAGAAACAGCAUAGCGGUGAAGGGGGACCUGGACGGAGUAGUGGAGCAGGAGAUCCAGCAUCCAGACCUGGAGCUCACUGCCAUUCAAAAAGACGCAGAUAUAAGGGAAGAAGAGCAGUUCCACUUUAGUCUCAAAGACUUCAAAUGUGUGGCGGUCCUCGGACGUGGACACUUUGGAAAGGUGUUGUUAGCUGAGUAUAAAAGCACUGGAGAGAUGUUCGCUAUCAAAGCUCUGAAGAAAGGAGACAUUGUGGCUCGUGAUGAGGUGGACAGUCUGAUGUGUGAGAAGAGGAUUUUCGAAACAGUCAACAGCGUCCGCCACCCGUUCCUGGUCAACCUUUUUGCAUGUUUCCAGACGCAGGAGCAUGUUUGUUUUGUCAUGGAAUACGCAGCGGGAGGGGACCUGAUGAUGCACAUCCAUGCUGAUGUUUUCUCUGAGCCCAGGGCCGUGUUUUAUGCAGCCUGUGUCGUUCUGGGGUUACAGUUCUUACAUGACCAUAAGAUUGUGUACAGGGAUUUGAAGCUCGAUAACCUGCUCCUGGAUACAGAGGGAUAUGUGAAGAUUGCUGAUUUUGGGCUUUGCAAAGAAGGAAUGGGUUUCAGGGACCGCACCAGUACUUUCUGUGGCACGCCAGAGUUUUUAGCUCCGGAGGUUUUGACUGAAACGUCGUACACUCGUGCCGUGGACUGGUGGGGGCUCGGUGUCCUCAUCUUCGAGAUGCUGGUUGGGGAGUCCCCCUUCCCCGGUGACGAUGAGGAGGAGGUGUUUGACAGCAUUGUCAACGAUGAAGUCCGCUACCCACGGUUCCUCUCGACUGAGGCCAUCUCCAUCAUGAGGAGGCUGUUGAGGAGAAGCCCCGAACGACGUUUAGGAGCAGGAGAAAGGGACGCAGAGGAGGUUAAGAAACAUCUAUUCUUCAGGAGCAUGGAUUGGAACGGACUGCUGGCGAAGAAGGUGAAGCCACCGUUCGUGCCGACCAUCCAGGGCGCCAACGACGUCAGCAACUUCGACGAUGAAUUUACCUCAGAGGCGCCCAUCUUAACGCCACCGAGGGAACCCCGAAUGCUGAACUUGGACGAGCAGAGCAUGUUCUCUGACUUUGAUUACAUUGCUGACUGGUGUUAGCUCACCUGACCUCCCCUCUACAAACAAAUGCACACACACAUGCACACAAAGACACACACACACACACACUGUGAACCAACAAGAACAGCAAUGACUGUAACUCACAUCUGUUUAAAACUAUCCUCUUCCCUGCCCAAAAUGUUGGUGGAGCAGCGAACGUGGCUCCCCAGGCCUUCGGGCAGAACUCUGUGCCAUUGAGAAACAAGUCCAGAAGCCUCCUGAGGAACCCCAAUCGUCUUUUUUUCUUUUUUUUAAAUCAACAUGAAGAACUUUUUUUUAAACAAAAAGAAAAACAAAUGAAACUCUGUUGUUGGAGAAACUGAGUGAAGGAGGAGGGAUGCACACGUCGUCGUGUUCGUUGUCUGACCACUGAGAAUGUUUUUCAUAUGAACUCCGAGAAGACGGCAACAUCACAAUCAGUUUAUAUAGUGUCACUGUCUUCCUCUUUUUCUUUCGAAUCUGUACAGAUUAUAUUCAGUCGUAUAUUUUAUUGUCGUGUUUUUUUCUUCUCUCUUUAUUUCUUCUCAAAGCCCUCGCCAUAGCUUUAGGACUUUUAUCUCACUGUUAACUUUGACAUUUCUGCCACAAUCAUGUCUGAAACUGGUGUUCCGUGAAUUUGAAGUGCUUAAAGCAUCGUCACCGAACGCUCUAAAACAAACAUCUUGACUACUACUGCUGCUCCUCGAAAUCCAAGUUAGUCUUCACACUACAUCUCCUUUCAUCUGAGGGUCCCAGUCUCUGUCUAUAACCCAGUUGAACACUUUACUUACCUGAAGCUUCUGGAUACAAGACACAUGAUAUUAGUAUAAAAUGGCUCCUACUUAAAUUCAGAUUAAUUUUCAUAGACCAUCACUUAAAUC